UUAUGGCUACUAUGAGGUUGGUUCGAUUAAUGAUGAUGAUGAUCAUAUUAGUACUUUCUUUGGCCACCUCCAAAAGGGUCUUAGCAAGUGAUCCUGACAUUCUCUCUGACUACAUACUGCCUCAAAACAGCACAACUGUUAAUGCUACCUACUUUACAUACACUGGAUUCCGAGACAUAUUUGAUCAAACACCCGAAACCUUCAAGGCAACAAAAGCCAGCAUAGUGGAGUUCCCUGCUCUCAAUGGCCAGAGUGUGUCAUAUGCCGUGCUUCAAUUCCCUCCGAGCACACUGUUCCCACCUCACACCCGCCCUGAUGCCACUGGACUUUUGUUCCUUCUUGCCGGUUCCUUGGAAGUUGGGUUAAUUGACACAAAAAAUGUCCUAUACAAUCAAAAGCUUCAGGCUGGAGAUAUCUUUAUAUUUCCUAAGGGCUUAAUCCAUUAUCAGUAUAACUCUGAUCCUCAGUUGCCAGCUACCGCCAUUGCAGCAUUCAGAAGUGCAAGUGCUAGAGCAGUUACAGUUCCACCUUCUGUUUUUACCUCGGGUAUUGACGAUGUCAUCCUUGCCAAAUCUUUCAAGACUGACGUUGAUACCAUUAAGAAGAUUAAGGCUGGCCUCACUAGCUAGCGCAGCUAAGCUAGCUCCUGAAUAAUCAAGACUUCAAUAAUGAUAACUUCCUCUUGUUCACAUUUUGCAUACAUAAAUUUGAUUUAAUUUCUUCUGUCAUGAUCUGUAAAUUGUUAUUUAGGCAGUUUUGCCCUUUAGGUUUACUAUUACUUUUAAUAAAAUACAUAUUAUUAUGAAAUAAUAACCGUGGUUCUCCCGUUGAUAGGGAAUCCCAUCCACAAUGGGUGGGCAACAAAUCACACAGCAAGAAUUAAGUAUAUGCAUGUAUGAAUAGUACUUAUCCAUUUCCAUUGUAAAUAACUAAA